CAUCUUCAGCCAUGCCUGGGGUCAGUAAUUUAGGACAGUCCAGCUCCAGUAGUCCACGGAUGUUUCCUCAGACCCAGAACAUGAUUCAGAUGGGACCUGGACACAGUUCUGUUCCUCCACUCCAGUCGGGCUCCAGUCAGCAGGAUCGGGGGGUGACUCAGUAUACCAAUAUGCAAAACAUUCAGCGAGGGGGAUUGUACAACUUGGCGUCUGGUAUGACACAGGUGGUUCCCCAGCAUGCAACACAAAGUGCCAAUGGACAGCCACCAAUGCAGAGACAAGGCAGCUUGGGCCAGGGCGCUGCCGUUCCUGCUGGGUAUGGGCAGAGUACCUUAGCAAACUCAAGUAUUUCUCAGCAGCACAAUAAAGGUGCGCUGAAUCCAACCUUAUCUAAGCCACAGAUGGCAAGAGUACCAGCUGCUAUGGGGGCUCAAAAUCCAUCUUGGCAACACCAAGGUAUCCCUAAUAUUAACAACCAGACACAAGCAAACAGUGGCUUAGGACCAUUUACUGCCAGCUCCUCUUUCCACAUGCAGCAAACUCAUCUAAAGAUGGCCAACCAACAGUUUGCCCAAGGAAUGCCUCAGGUAAGCCUAAGCACCAGCAGACCGAUGACCUCUAUGAAUGCUGCCGUCUCUGGGCAGAUGUUGUCGUCAUCUUUAGGCGCGCAGCAGCGGACAAACCCACCCACGCAACAGCAGGUACCCUCACAGCAAGUCUUGCCUGGCAUGAACCAGACUGUUCCAGAUCUGAAUGCUUUCAACCAGAAUCCAAAUCAGCAAAUGCCCAACAGAGGUAAUCUGCACUGUAGUCAAGGGUACCCUGUGAGGACAACCAGCCAAGAGCUGCCUUUUGCCUACAGCGGCCAGUCGGGCAGUAAUGGACUUCAGAACUUAACUGGUGACACGGAUCUGAUAGACUCUUUGCUGAAAAACAGGACUUCAGAGGAGUGGAUGAAUGAUUUGGAUGAGUUGUUAGGAACUCAUUAA